AUCAUCUGCCUGGAUCUCUCGGAGGAAAUGUCCCACCCCAAGCUGGAAUCCUUCAACGGGCUGAAGACCAACGCCCUCAACAUCUCCCAGAAGAUGAUUGAGAUGUUUGUCCGCACCAAACACAAGAUUGACAAGAGCCAUGAGUUUGCGCUGGUGGUGGUGAACAACGACGUCACAUGGGUACGCUUGACCAUCUUGGUCUACAGCCGCCCGGCUUGCCAGCCGCCUGCCGUGCUGACCGAGCAGAUGAAGAAAAUGCUGCACUGCCCUUACUUCUUCUUUGACGUGCUCUACAUCCACAACGGCCUGGAGGACAAGGAGGAGGAGAUCGCGUGGAAGGUAAAGCCGUACCUGGCUUCUCUUGGUGUGCUUUUCAUUCCGACUUCAGACCAACCUGGGCCAGUUUGA